AUGGGUGCAACAUGUGGCAUAAUUUCAAGAAACGGGAAAGAAAUUAAACAAGUUGCCCUUCCGAUCCAAAGACCAAAGUUUCUCGAAGGUUUUCCUCCUCCUGAUCUCCGUGAAGCUGGAAUUGGCUACUAUCUGAUUCCUCAAACCAUGAACGACAGAUUAUUGGAGAAUUUAGGCAAGUGGAAUAAAAUGAUUAAUAUGUAUUCUUCUACUACUUAUCCUUUUGAAACAUAUUUAAAAGAUCCUGAAAGAAAACAAAAAUUGCUGAGAAGAAUUAGAAAAGGACCUCCUGUACAGUAUAGAUGGCAAGCUUGAAUUGCAGUGAUGCAAUUAAGCUCAAAAAUUAAUGAAGAUGCAUAUGCGAAGUUCCCAAUGGCAGAGGAAACAAUUAUGGCAACAAUUAAAAGAGACCUUGACAGGACAUUUCCAAAUCAGCCUUAUUUUGAUAAGCAAAAUUUCAAUAAUUCAGGACAGGCCUCUCUUGAAAGAAUCUUAAUCCAUUUGCAAAACUAUUUUUUAUAUAUAAUCCUAUAAAAUAUUAUAUUUUACAAAAAAUAAAUUAUUUCCCAAAAAAGCUAGGAAAAUUUGCAUCUCAGCACCCUGAUAUAGGCUACUGCCAAGGAAUGAAUUUUAUCGCUGGAUUUCUUCUUAUGAUUUCAGGAGGAAGUGAAAUUGAAGCUUAUUUCGCUUUACAAGUUCUCUGCGAAAAAUAUGAUUUAAGAGGCUUUUUUAUCGAAAAUAUGCCAUAUCUGAAAAAAUGUGUAUGAAUUUUUAAUAGAAUUUUCAGAAUAAAACUCCCAAAGCUUUGGGAGCAUUUUCAAGAUGAAAAUGUCCCAGACGAUGCAUGAAUUUUAAAAUGGUUCAUGACAAUAUAUUCAAUGACACUUAAUUUUGAAGCAAUUGCCAGAAUUUGGGAUUGCUUCCUCGUUGAUGGUAUAAAAAUGCUUUAUCGGGUUGCCUUAUCAAUUUUAUCUUCUAUAGAAACUAACCUGCUUGGACUAGAUGCUGUAGAAAUAUGUGAAGCUUUAAAAGAGGUAAAAAAUAUAAUUGAUCCUGAAUCAUUAAUUAUUUCGUCACUCAAAGUAAAGAUUCAGAAAGAAAAAAAUAAUGAAGCUCAAAUAAAUAAGGCCAUUUUUAUUUUUUUUAAAAAAAUCUUUAUUUGGGGAAAAAAUGGUAUAAAAAUGUUUGAAAAUGCAUAUAAAAGGAGAAUUCUUGGUAGGAAUAGCACAAAAUCUGUGCCACCUCUUAGACCAAAACCUGAAGAGGCUACCAAUGCUCAAAGCGAACAAUGGCUAAAGCCACCCCUCCCUAAAAAAGAGCCAUAUUCUCCUCAGCCACGACCUUUUGUUAUGGAAGAAAUUAGAGAAGACAUAAGAGAUCACUCAGCAAGAGGGAAAAUGCACUCAUUUUCAUCUAAUGUAUCAGAAGAACACCCUUUACGUAGAUCAACACAAGUUCCUACGCUUCCUGACAUUUAUAGCGCAAGGAAAUAUACAAAUAGCUUUAGAGCUGAACCUUCUACUGGGUGGGUUGAUGAUGAUUCUUCGCGUAGUGAAUCAGAUGAAGCAAGCGAAACUGUUGAUGUUAAAACCGUUCUUCAUGAGCUGUUAAGGGAUAAAAGCAGGGAUAAUUUGUUUAGAAUUAAUUAUAUCGGAGCUCCAUUAAAAAGAGAAGUGGACAUUGAUAAGAAGAUCAACUUCAUUAACAGGCUGCCAAUUUAA